UUGUUUUUCCGGGUCAAAGAGCAACAUGGCAGCCGCCAGUAGCACAAACGGCAUGAGAAAUAUGCUGCAGUUUAUGAAGCUUGUUGGGCAGCUGAAAAGAGUGCCUCGGACAGGCUGGGUCUACAGGAAAGUGAAAGAACCAGAGAGUGUGUCAGAUCACAUGUACCGCAUGGCCAUGAUGUCUCUGACCAUCACUGACCCCACAGUGGACAGGGACAGGUGUAUAAAGCUUGCUCUGGUUCAUGACAUGGCAGAAUGCAUUGUAGGAGAUAUUGCUCCCUCAGACAAUAUCAGUAAAGAAGAAAAACAUCGCAGAGAAGAGGAAGCAAUGAGGCAUUUAUCAGGUCUUUUGCCAAAUGGACUGAGGCAAGAGAUCUAUGCACUGUGGGAGGAGUAUGAGACCCAGAGCAGUGCAGAGGCUCGGUUGGUCAAACAGUUUGAUCUCCUGGAGAUGAUCCUUCAGGCCCACGAAUACGAGCAGGAGGAGGCAGCACCCGGACGACUGCAGGAGUUCUUUGAUUCCACCAAUGGUCGUUUUCUCCAUCCAGAGGUUGUGGAGUUUAUCAAAUGUCUAAAUGAGGAGCGAGAUUCUCAUGUGACCAGUGGUGGUGAAUCACACUCUCAGACAACAGGUCAGAGUGCGAAUACAGACAGUACAUCACAAGCCUCAUGAAAGUGAACUGUAGCUGGAUAAGGACACAUAUACCUCUGUGGGGGCUGCUCAUACCUCGGACAUUUUGAUAUCAAAUCUUAUGUAACUGUGACAGAGCUACAUAUUAUAUAAUAAUUAGUGAUUCAGUGUAAACAACAUCAGUCACUCUAGUGACUGGUUUGUUAUUACUGUAUAAAGCGUUUU